AUGCCUACGGCGGCCAACAACAAGGCUACGGCCAGGCCCCCUACCAGCAAGCCAAUAACAUGGAGCAGGGUAACGGUAGCUAUGGUAGGACUCCUCAUAGUCUCAGGUCUGGCGUAUGUCUCUAAUGCGCUGCCUCCUACAGAAAUGUCCGCUAUGGGUGGCUACGGCGGCCAGCAGCAGCAGCCAUCCGGCCCGACCGCAUUGCUGAACAAAUGCAAAGAAAUCAACGAUGGUAUUGCCGAUCUGCGAGCCAAGAGAGAGAGCCAGCUCGCCGCCGCGCAGAACGCUUUGCUUGACUCGAGUACCGGAAAGGAAGAUCAGGCCUCCCGUCAGACACUCGAUUACAUCGAAGACGAGAUCAACAACGGUUUCCGUUACCUCCGGGACCUCCUGAAAAAGGUCAAGCAGACGCCUGGCUCUGGAGACACCCGUGUUCAGACUCAGAUCGAUGUCACCAGCCGGAACUUGCGUCGGGAGAUUGAGCAGUACCAGAGGGCCCAGUCGGAUUUCCAGAAGCGGUUGCGCGAACAGGUGCGCCGACGAUACGAGAUCGCAAACCCAGAGGCUUCUCCCGAGGAGAUUGAACAGGGCGUUGACAAUGUUCUGAUGGGCCAAGAGCAGAGCUUCCAGGUUACCGGUAGCAGAACCAGACAGGCCAAUGACGCCAGACAAGCUGCUUUGGAGCGGUCCGCCGCUAUUCGAAAGAUCGAGCAGGACAUGAUUGAGCUGGGCCGUUUGUACCAGGAAGUUGCAGAGCUGGUGCAUCAACAAGAUGCUGCUGUUGAGCAGAUCAACCAAGGCGCCGAAGAUGUUGUCGACAAUGUCCAGAAUGCGAACACCCAGAUUGAUCAUGCCAUCAAGAGCGCGCGCAACGCCAGAAAGUGGAAGUGGUAUGCGCUGCUCAUCGUCAUUCUGAUCAUUGCCAUCGUUGUCGGUGUCGCUGUUGGUGUCACCCAGGCCAACAAAGCGUAA